CUGUGUUUGUCAGCCUACGAAUUCAUUUAAAGUUUUUCUGUUAACCAUGUCUUUAAUUGGUGUAACAAAAAAUAUUGUUGUGGUUGGUAAUGGUUCUGUUGGCAAGACUUCCCUGCUUUUGGCAUUUACUCAAGGGACUUUCCCUGAAAUUCAUGUGGCCACUGUAUACGAUACUGAGGAAAUAACAAUGACGAUUGACGGAAAUGAACAUUAUAUUAAACUCCACGAUACAGCAGGUCAAGAGGAUUAUGAGCGUCUAAGACGUUUUUCCUAUCACUUAGCGGACGCAUUUGUGCUGUGCUACGACAUUACUGAUAGAGUUUCAUUCGAUAACAUUGAGCUGAAAUGGAUAGAUGAGCUUCGAGGUGACAAUGAGGAUAUCCCAGUGAUUCUUGUGGCUACAAAAGAGGACAAAAGAAACCGCCAUUGCGUGCCGAGGAAAGAAGGGGAAGAUCUCUGUGGGCGGAUAAGAGCUGAUGCUUUCUUUGAAUGUUCCGCAAAGACGGGGAAAAAUGUGGAGGAGAUCUUUAUAGAAGCUGCCAGGGCUGCUAUUAGAGGAUCAAGAAAAGUACCUGAAAAUAGCUCAUGGCUUUGUUGCUGCUGUAGGUGGUUUUCUAAGUAAUUAAAAUCUUUGUUUUCAA